CUUACAGCCCGCUAGCAUUCUGUGCAUACAUUUGUGGCUUAACUCGACGCAGACCCGAGCUGAGGUGCUGAACGCAGCUAAGGAGCUCUAAACUAUCGAACGGCAGCGAACGGACCGUGUACAAAGCCGCCCACAGGCCAGUACAGACUGCUGCACUUUGUCAGGCAGCAUAGCUCGUCGCAGCCGUCCGCGCGCGGGAGCAGCAGUCGUGCAGCAUAAAUUCGUGCCGCGACCCAUUCGCUCGCAACGCAGCCGUGCCGUGCAAGUUACGUCGCAGAAGUGCAAAGAUGCGCUACGCCUUCACCACGACCGUCAAAGACGGCAAGAUGGAGGAGUACCUCCACUACCACGACCACAUCUGGCCCGAGGUCUGCCGGGGGCUCCGCGCCGCCGGCGUGACGCAGCUCACGAUCUUCCGCGCUCCUAACACGUCGACGCUCUUCCUGUACGUCACGACGGCCGGCGCCACGGAUCUUGGCGAAGCGACUGGCCCGCGGAGCCGCUACCGCGAGGACCCCAAGUGCCAGGAGUGGGAGGAGCUCAUGGACGCGGACUUCCACGGGGGCUGGACCGCGCUCGACGAGGUCCACGCGAGCGACCGGGAGUGGGUCGGGGCGCUGAGGUAAUGCGUUCAUUUACUCUA